AUGGAGGCCGUCUUUCCGUUCCUCCUUGCGCUUCUCUACAAGGCGUGGGCGUGGCUCACGGGCAGCGCGCCGCCCAAAGCUGCCGCCGCCGCUUCGUGCUGCGCCGCCGAGCCAAGUAGCGCUGGCUCGGACUGCUCCACUUUGCGCCAACGCAAGGGCGCGAGCUCGCUCGUUGCGGUCCAUACGCGCGCCGAGUGGGACGCGCUGCUGGCGUCGAGCCGCCCCGUCAUUGUCGACUUUACAGCCACGUGGUGCGGUCCGUGCAAGAAGAUCGCGCCGCUCUUUGAAGCUCUCAGCGAGCAGUACCCGUCUCUGGCGUUUGCCAAGGUCGACGUCGAUGCCUGCGAUGACAUUGCCGCGACCUGCGGGGUCUCGGCCAUGCCAACGUUCCACGUCUAUGUGUCGGGCCGCAAGCAGGACGAGCUCCGCGGUGCCAACCCGUCCAAGCUCACCGCCCUCGUCGAGCGCUACGCCGCUUCGUCGUCCGACUAGAAUGAAAGAGUGUGCGAGCUGCGUUAUGUGACAAACCAGUGAGAUUUACUACGUACACUUGGUCUACCUCAAUCGACUCGAAAAUCCGGU